AUGUUACCUACGACCUCCUCCUCAUCAUCAAUCUCACAAUCAUCAUCAAACCAAUUUGUGUUCGUCUCAUUACUCAUAUUCCUUUGGUACUCAUCAAACAUCGGCGUUCUUCUCCUCAACAAGUUCUUGCUCUCCAGUUAUGGCUUCAGAUUCCCAAUUUUCCUCACAAUGUGUCAUAUGUCAGCUUCCGGCAUCCUCAGCUACAUAUCCAUUGUGUUCCUCAGAGUUGUGCCGUUUCAGAAGAUCAAAUCUAGAUCGCAGUUUUUAAGGAUUGCGACCCUGAGUGUUGUUUUUUGUGGGUCGGUUGUCGGAGGGAAUAUUUCUCUCAGAUUUCUUCCGGUUUCCUUCAAUCAAGCCAUCGGUGCAACGACGCCGUUUUUCACCGCCCUGUUUGCCUAUAUGAUGACCUUCAAAAGAGAAGCAUGGAUUACUUAUGGUGCUCUUGUUCCUGUUGUUACUGGCGUUGUAAUUGCAAGCGGGGGUGAACCAAGUUUUCAGCUGUAUGGAUUUCUCAUGUGCAUAAGUGCAACUGCUGCUAGGGCCUUCAAGUCUGUUCUUCAGGGUAUCCUACUUUCUUCAGAGGGGGAGAAGUUAAAUUCAAUGAACCUUUUGCUUUAUAUGUCCCCAAUGGCUGUUAUGUUUUUAUUGCCAACAGCACUUAUAAUGGAACCAGAUGUGUUAGAUGCCACCAUUGCUCUCGGGUUAAGGCAUAGAUUCAUGUGGCUACUGCUUUCUGUGAAUUCAACCAUGGCUUAUGCUGCUAACUUGACCAACUUUUUGGUCACCAAGCACACAAGUGCACUAACACUACAGGUAUUAGGGAAUGCUAAAGGUGCUGUAGCGGUUGUUAUCUCAAUACUCAUUUUCCGUAAUCCGGUUACCCCUUUAGGUAUAGCUGGCUACUCCUUAACUGUUAUGGGUGUGAUUGCUUAUGGAGAAGCCAAAAGGAGAUACAAAUGAAAAUGAUGUUUGCAACUUAGUCAGUAGCUUAUGAGAAAAUUUGAUCUAGCUCCAUUUAUUAUUGGGAAGAGUUAGAUACCAAUUAUAGUGUCCCCAUUCUUAUAUAUAAUUGCGUUAGAUGCCAAUCGUGGUCUUCAUUUUGUGGGGGAGUGAAUACUAAAUAGUGAAGUUGAUAUGUGUUGUAUAAUUGUUACCGUUCAGAGAUAUUAUGCUUAGGAUUUUGCAUGACUUAGAUGAUACGAAAUUCAAAAUUCCAAAUUGUACAUACGGGUGCAUCAAAAUUGUUGUGUUAUGGAAGCUUUGAGCUAUU